AUGCCACCGCCGAUGGUUGUAGAUCAAGUAUUUAACGAACUAAACCUCAAGCUCUCAAACAAUCCUCAUCUUGAUAUCAUGAAUGCCAGCACAACUGUCACUUCGUCGAAAUCUCUCACAAGAAAUUCAUCCCCCACAGUUUUUAUGACGCUACUAAGUGAGGACGAGAAGAGGACUGGCUUGGAUGGAGAACCAAAAAACUCUUUAAAAGCUUCCGAAGUAAACAAGACAAAGGAGGACAACGAAGCAGAAGCGGAUGACGAACCAGCUACAUUAGCAGCUCACGAUCCAACAGCCAUUAGGGUCGAGGAUUAUUCGUUUGACACUUUUCUGACUGGUGACGCUGCAGAAAAUAAGAAAUUGCGCGAGGAGUUCCAGCUGCAUCAUUACUACAGGGGGAAGAGGUUGCACAGGAUCGUUGUAAAAAACCAAAAAGAAGAGACAACAGGCAAUCAGGGCAGGUUCAUCGGAGUCAUCCAGGUUGUUAAAGGAAAGAAAGUCAUCGUUGAUGCUAACGCACUCUACGAAGACUUGAAACACGCGCUAAAAAAGAAGACAGCGAUCUUUAAGAAACAAAAUCCAAACGAGCUAGAAGCUGAAAACUUCAAAAAAAAUGUUUCCGACUUCAUAGAGAAGAUGGCUGACGUCAGACCACACCUCUACAUCGGACCAUUUCAACUGCUGUCUGAACUAUCUAGAGAUCUAGAAUAUAAUAUAAUACUGGUGAUGACAAGAAACGAAAAUGAAUGCAAAGAAUUCUCAAUGAAAGUUUUUAAGAGGUUGCGAAUGAACAGCCUGAUGCUAGAAAAGAUGAAGAUUUUGGAAAAAGUUACAUACACGGGUCAGUCGUUCAUCGUCCAGUCUGAAUGUGCCAUCUACACCAAGGCACAUAUCUGUUUGGUGACGGAGUUCAUGGACGGAGGGGACUUGAUGUACCAUUUAAAAAUUGAGAAAAACUUUUCAGAUUUGAGGUCUCUCUUCUAUUUCCUCUGUGUACUCAGUGCCCUCGAAUUCCUUCACAGCCAUAGCAUCGUUCAUAGAAACAUCCAUCCGUCAAAUGUCUUUCUGGACAAAUAUGGAUACGUGAAGUUGGGAAACUUUAAAUGCGCGCGUAGAACGACCUCGAAGCUCUACGACUCCUUCAAGUCCAGCGCCAGCGUGCGAGAGACAGAGAUGAAGUUGUAUGACUAUCGCCAGUCGGUGGCCAUGCUACAUCUCAUGAUGUCUGGACAGUUACUCAGAACAAGCCCAGCUGUUGUCAUGGCCUAUGACCUCAGGCUGGAUGCCAAAUUGACCAUUGCUAAAAUAGUUUCGUGGAGAGUGAGAGAUUACAAACCCCCAGCUGACAUGUCCAACAUGCCUUUCUUGAAGUUGAUCGAAUAUUCGCUAGUUGCUGACAGGAAAUACGAUCCUCCGGUUUAUCAAAGAUUCUACGUUAGCUCUCUCCACAUUUUCGAAAAUUAG